AUGAUGGACCAAAAGAGACGCAAGUACAACAAAUCCCGUCGAACAAUAUCUACUAAUAGCUUUUUAGUCAAGCAUCCAUUAAAUGUCAAGCCAAGUGGGAACUCGCUUCUUGCCUCAACUCCAAUCUUACAACAGCAAAGAAAGGACUCUUUGGGUGAUCUCCGCAUAUUACCAGAUGAGAUACUAAUGAAUAUUAUUAGUUACAUUACAGAUCCUCCAUCAUUAUUAAACCUAUCACACACAUCAAGAAUUCUCUAUGCGUUUUUGUAUGAUGAAGAAAUUUGGAAAAGAGUGUAUUUGCAGAAUAUUGCACACUAUGAUACCAAAUCAUGGCUAGGAUCCUGGAGAAAUACUGUGUUAAAUAUUAGAGAAAACACAGAAUGGUUGCAAUUACCUGAUAAUUUGUUGUGCUCGGAUUUGUUAUACCGACCUAUCCAAUGCUCUCAAAUUGACUAUACCAAAUUGUUUUGUGAAAUUAUCAGGGAAGAAGAAGUAUACCACCGAGAUGCAAUUUUGGGUCAACUAGAUGACUUACCAAGGGGAAGAAUACAAAGAAUUCAGGAAUCUAAUUUAAAUUUGGAUGAAUUCAAUGCAGCUUACCAUUCUUCGCCAUUUAUCUUGGUAAAUUCGGACUCUAACCGUUGGCCAAAUUGGAAUUUUGAAUUGUUGUUCCAUCAGUUUCCUAAUGUAAAAUUUAGACAAGAGGCAGUUAGUUGGGAUUUAAAAAAAUACUCACAAUAUUUGCACAAUAAUAAAGAUGAAAAUCCAUUGUACUUAUUUGAUUGCAAAAGUGAUGCCAUGAAAGUUUUGAAACAAGAAUACAAAGUUCCAGAAAUAUUUCAAGAUGAUUUAUUUACUGUGUUCAAUAAUAAAAAAUUUAAUUGCCGACCUGACCAUGCCUGGAUAAUUAUGGGAUCUGCUAGAUCUGGUUCUACUUUCCACAAAGAUCCUAAUUCUACAUCGGCCUGGAAUGCAGCUAUACAGGGAAGAAAGUUAUGGGUAAUGUUGCCUCCUCAUAUAACACCACCAGGUGUGGGAACUGAUGAAGAACAAAGCGAAGUGACAUCUCCAGUAAGUGUGACAGAAUGGGUAAUUUCGGGUUUUUUUAAUGAUUCUACCAAAAUUGAUGAAUGCUUGAUUGGAAUAACUUUCCCUGGUGAAUGUAUGUAUGUGCCCAGUGGAUGGUGGCAUACAGUGAUAAACAUAGAUGACUCAAUUGCCAUUACACAAAACUUUGUCCCGAAAUCAAAACUAGCCCAAGUUUUGAAUUUUUUGAAAAACAAACCUAAGCAAAUUAGUGGUUUCAGAUUAAAAGAAAUCAAACAAUGUUUGGCUUGUAUUGCUAAAGAUAGCGGUGACGAAGUUCUAAUUGAGUGUUUGAAAGCCUUCAACCUGUUGACAGUUGAUUUAAAUGAGGAUUGUGGCGAAUUACAAGAUUUGCCAGAUAUGCCAAUCUUUGAGAUUUUUAAGCAAUUAUUAAGCAAUAAUGGUAAAGAAGAUAUUUUAAAUGAUGCGUUGGAGAAGUUAAAAAAAAUCGAAUUAAAGAAUUAUGAACGUGAAACGGGUAAAAGCAGGGCAUGGGAGAAAUUGACUGAACCAGCUAAUUCAGAGACAGCUACUUUUUCAUUUAACUUUGAUGAAGUAAGUGAUAGCGAGUAG